AUGGGCGGAAGGGUCGUAUCCGACGAGGAAGGUGAGAAGUCGAGUUUCUUACUUAUCGACUAUGCGUAGGCGUUGGUUGUUUCUCUCGUCGUUCAUCUUCGAUAUCCUAAUUUGAGAAUUCCCGCAGAUGAGGUCGGAGAAGAGGAGGACGUGAGGCUAGUGGACGGCGAUGCUGUUGAAGAUGACAACGUGAGGGUGAGAGCCGACGAUGAAGACGAAGAAGACGAAGAAGGUUUCUCCCCCCCCUAUGGUUUUUAUCGACGCUACGUUUUAAAUUAAAGAAAAUCUAGUUAGGGUUUCAACAAUUUGACCUAGCAGAUGUUCACUUCCGUUUUCCUUCAUUUUUUUUCUUUUUCGGGAUCUUUUAUCGUAUCCGAAAUAUUUUCCCUUGUUUACUCAUUCUUGUAGUCACCUAGGAAGAAAUUCGUAAAGCUGGUCUAAUGUUUGUGUUGUUUCUUUUUUCUGAGAAGACGAGGGCCAGGACGAAUAUGAGAAAGACGGCUUUAUAGUGGACGAUGACGAGGAAGAAGAGCAGGAUGAGGAAGAAGAGGAUAGGGACGAGAGUGACGAAGAGAGGCACAAAAAAAAGAAGAGGAAGAAGAGGUUCUGGGAGAAAAAAGAAGCUUCUUUUUUUCUUAUUUGUAUUCUCUCGAAUAUCUGUUUAAUUUUCACUUUUUUUCAUGGGCCAGAGAAUCUGAAAAACACUAUGUUCUUGAUGAGGACGAUUACGAGUUGCUUCAGGAUAAUAACAUCACUGGCUUUCAUCGGCCCAAGCCCGUAAGUUUUGAUAUAUUAUUUUUGUCCGUCAAGUUUUGGUGCUCUGACUCAGUUAGAUCUGGUGGGGUUUAAGCAUGAUAUCAUGUUUGUAAAAUUGUGAGCAGGGAAGCACAAAGUUCAAGCGUCUUAAGAAGGCCGGUAGGGGCAAUGAGGAAGAGAGGUCAGGCUUCUCUGACGAAGAGGAAUCUGAUAAGGAUGGCCGCAGUGGGCGUACUGCUGAGGAAAAACUCAAGCGUAGCUUAUUUGGAGAUGAUGAAGGUAUAUUCCCAUUUCAAUAGUUGAACUAUUUUCCCCAUCGGCGAGUGUGCCAUUGACCCUUUUGAAUUUAAAAUCUCCCAGCUGCUCCUCUUGAGGAUAUUGCUGAGGAGGAGGAGCAAUUGGAAGAGGAAGAUGUAGAUAUUGGAGAAGAAGAUGAAAUGGCAGACUUCAUCGUUGAUGAGGAAGAUGUGGAUGAGAAUGGUGCUCCUGUGAGGUGCAUGUCUUUUUGAAGAUUACAGCCUCUGUUUUUUGAUAAGCAUGAAGUUUCAGAACAAAUUUCUUUGAUAACUGAUUAGUUUCUGAAAACAGGAGGAAGAAAACGAAGAAAAAGAAGUUGAGGCAAGCAUUUGGUGUAUCAUCAUCAGCUUUACAGGAAGCUCAUGAAAUAUUCGGGGAUGUGGAUGAGCUUUUAGCACUUAGAAAGGAGGGGCUUGCCAGAGGCAGUACUGAGCCUGGCUGGGGAGAAAAGAGGCUGGAAGAUGAGUUCGAGCCAUUGAUCCUUGAAGAGAAGUAUAUGACGCCAAAGGAUAACAUUAUCCGAGAAACUGAUGUUCCUGAAAGAAUACAGGUCUUUUGUCACUGGCUUCUCAUCGCUUCCAUUGGGAUUCUUUGAAAAAAAGAAGAAGAAGAUAAUACGUUGGCAUUUGCAAAUGCUUUGAGUCUUGAAUUAUCUAUAAAUAUUCUUCCAGUUUAGUGAUGCUAUUUAUUUUUACAUUUUUCUUUCAGCUCUCUGAAGAGAUUACAGGUCCUCCCCCUGUUGAUGACAAGAGCAUAGAGGAGGAAAGUGCUUGGAUAUACACGCAGCUUACUACUGGUGGUGUAUCUCCGCUGUUUGUUGAGAACCAAGUGGUCAGGGGAAUUAACAAAGAGGAUAUUGGGAAUGUUUUGGGGAUGCUUCACGUUCAAAAGCUUGAUGUAAAAGUUUUUUUUCUGUUUUUUUCUUUUAUUUUUUUAUUAACUAUCAUAUUAAUGCAUGCAUAUUAGUAAUCAUUCCAAAAUAUUUUUCUUCUUCUAGAUUCCAUUCAUUGCAAUGUAUCGAAAGGAGCUUUGUCUUAGUUUAUUAAGAGAUCCAAGUCAGGAAACGACAGCGAAUGAAGAAAUUGAUAAUGCUGAAAGAAAACCAAAAUUGAGAUGGCACAAGGUUAUUAUAUCUUGUUCACCACAAUCUUGUUUCUCAUUGUAUGUUUUUCCAAAAGUAUUGAAAAGGUACCAGUGAUGCACACACCGUUCUGUUGCAGGCACUGUGGGCUGUUCAAAAUUUGGAUCGGAAAUGGUUGCUUCUGCGAAAGCGGAAAGGUGCUCUUAAAGUUUAUUAUGAGAAGCGCUUUGAAGAGGAAGCUCGAAGGGUAGAUGAUGAAACAAGGCUUGCUUUGAUCCAUCAGAUCUAUAAAUCAAUUAUUGAGGCACUUAAUGAUGCUAAAUCAGAAAGAGAGGUUGAUGAUGUUGACAUGAAAUUCAAUUUGCAUUUUCCGCCGGGUGAAGUUGAUGUGGACGAAGGACAGUUUAAAAGGCCCAAGAGGAAAUCCUUGUACAGUGUCUGCUGCAAGGCUGGGUUAUGGGAGGUUGCCAAAAAGUUUGGGUUUAGUUCAGAACAAUUCGGCUUGCAUCUGGCGCUAGAAAAGAUGGUACUUUAUUUUUUCUCAUUCUUACUUAAAUUUUUAUAACAUUUUGUGCUUUAUUGUUUCUCCUGCUUUCAAAUUUUGUGCUUCAGAGACUGGAUGAACUAGAAGACGCGAAGGAAACCCCUGAUGAAGUGGCUGCCAAUUUUACAUGUGCAAUGUUUGAAACGCCUCAAGAUGUACUCAAAGGUGCCCGGCAUAUGGUGAGUAUACAAUGCCGUGUAUUUUAUUCUAAGGCAUCUGGUAUCAGCUCAAUUUGCUCAUUUUUCUAAUUCUUGACGGAGAUAGCUUUGUACAGGCUGCGGUAGAGAUCAGCUGUGAGCCCAUUGUGAGGAAGUAUGUCCGUGGUGUCUAUAUGGACGAAGCUGUUGUAUCGACAAACCCAACUCAGGAAGGGAAUUCCGCCAUAGAUCCUUUUCAUCCGGUUGCAGGUGCGAAGUGGCUGCGCGACAAGCCACUAUCUAAGUUUGGGGAUGCUCAAUGGCUUCUGAUUCAAAAAGCUGAAGAAGAGAAGCUUCUUCAAGUUACCAUAAAAAUGCCAGAAAGAGCACUGAAGAAACUGAUAUCUGAGGCGAAAGAUAAUUAUCUUAGUGAGUGUGUCAGCAAAUCUGCACAAUUAUGGAAUGAACAACGCAGGUUGAUAUUAGAGGAUUCUUUUUUCAACCAUAUACUUCCAUCAAUGGAGAAGGAAACCCGGGCUUUAUUAACUGCUAAGGCAAAAAGUUGGCUGUUAGUGGAAUAUGGGAAGCAUUUGUGGAGUAAGGUUUCUGUUGCACCUUAUCAGCGUCCAGACUCUGAAGAAGAUGAAGAAGCUUCUCAAAAGGUUAUGGCUUGUUGUUGGGGUCCUGGAAAACCACCGACUACCUUUGUAAUGUUGGAUUCAGCGGGGGAAUUGCUAGAUGUAUUACAUGCGAGUUCAAUCAGUAUUAGGUCCUCAGGUGCUAAUGAGCAGCAGAGGAAAAAAAAUGACCAGCAGAGGGUCCUCAAGUUCAUGAUCGAUCAUCAACCGUACGCUGUUUGCGUGGGAGCAGCAAACAUGACCUGUAAGACCUUAAAGGAUGAAAUUAAUGAGGUUUGUGCCUUGUUUUAACGCAUUUUUUUAUCUGGUGUUUUUGUUAAUAAUAGUUUAUCUACUCAUAUGAUUUACUGCAUGUGAAUGAAAGAUGAAUAAUGUCGCCUAUGCAUGAAAAAAAAUGUAGCAUGGAAUUUAGGUGCUAAUACCGUGUGAUUAUGAUUCCUUAAUUGCUGCUGUUUACGAAACUCAGGUUUUGACGUUCAACAGGUUUGAUUACUGUCAUAAGAAAUGAAGUUAUAUACUGAAUGUUUGGAGCCAACUUCUGUAGCUGUGGAUGGCCUGUGUAUAUUAAUUAGAUGUAAAGAACAAUCAUACUUAAUUGAACGUAUCAUAAAAAAUUAAAUCUGCAUAUGGAUUAUUUCAGGUUAAUGGCUUUACAAAAUUUAUAGGUCUUUAAAGGUGAUACGAUUGAAAUGAUUUUAAAUGCAGAAAAAUAACCGCUAGAGUUUUGGUGCGAUGCAAGGGGAUUAAGACUACUCCAGACAUGAGAAAAUUCAUGAGAAAAUGUGAAGGUUACAGUUACGUCCAGGUUUGUCGCCUUGAGGCACUUCCCAAGUCACCAACCUAGCUUGUCCUGUUUCUAACCUGGUUUGGGAUCAAAACAAAACCAUAGGGAGAAAAAAAUGGCCAGACAUUCCAAAAUUUUCUUAAUCAGGCUCAGGUUGUAAAUUCACGCUCCUCACACUGCAGCCUAUUCUGUGCGAUUAAGCUGAAACCCCACGUUCCCACCACGAAACAUGAACAUAACCCCAUCAUCCAGCGCAACUAUCCUCACCCGCACCCUUCCCAAGGCCCACUUUAUCCUUCUCUAUCAGCCUUCUCUUUUCCUAAUUAGGUCCAGUCCACUCUUGGAAACUUACCAUGGAAUUUGCAGGAACGACCGGCAUAUCAGUGUGAUUCACAGUUACUGCAGCCACAAAUAGGAAUCAAUGGAAAUUAGUAAUGAACGAUGGAUUAAUAAUCUUAUAACUCUUCCCAGCUACGAAGAUGGCAAACGGAUUUAUUUUGUCUUUUAUACUCUUUUUCGGAUGGAAAUAUGGUCACUGUAUCUUCACUCUUUCAUCAUGCAUCAAAUGAGAUUCAAGUUUCUCUCAUAGACACAAGGUGUCGAGUUACUGAUGUCUGUGGUCAUUUUUCAUUAGUUAUGAAUUUGCAUUCGGAAGCAAAUCAUUUUUGAAAGGAAUAGUCUGUUGACUCUUUCAUCGAUCCUGUUUAAUGUGCAUUGUGCUGCAAUUUAGCAUUAUCCAAGCUUCAUGAAGCAGAAGACUUCAGAUGGGAGGCCAUAACAAUGUCAUGCGAGCACAGCUGAAUUCAUCCGUGUAGUGGUUAAGUUAAUUCUCAAGGAGAGGGCCAUGAUAAGUAAUUAUCGUACUGGUUCCUGCAAAAGUCGACGUUAUGCUAUUUCCCAAGGGAGCCAGGGAGUUUCUGUAGGAGUGCGUUGAGGAGCAAUUUAUUGUCAAUACCUCCGAUAAAUGAUGAGUUUGAAGCCCCAAGUAAUUAUUGCAAAGUGAUUAGGUGCCGUCCUGGUUAAAAUAUUUGGUGGCAAAAGUCGGCUCUCUGGAUUAGUCCACAAAACCUACGAUAUGUCAGAACAAGUUAAUCUGAAUGAUGAACAAAAUUCACCCAUAACCUCAAACAAAAGUCAAGGUCCAGUAGUUUCUUAGCUAGUGAACCCUGUCUGCAUCAAUUUGCCUUUGAACCUUAUCUCUGUAUGUUCUGAAAGUGGGGAACGCUGCAUAUUCAAAACUAUGAUGGAGGUAUAACAUGAUUCCCAUUGUCCUCUCUAAAACGGCUCCAUCCACCGUCCAACAGCAUUUUAUUUUGUGUCGACAUGAUGUAGACCAUGCUAAGAACCCUAGUUGCCUCAAAAAAUCUGUGAUAAUAUUUUCUCAUUAGAGAAGUACAUAGUCUUCUCUCUGCAGUUGUGGCCCAAAAGAAUAAAGCUGAAAAACAUUGUUCUUUCAAGCUAAAAUCGUAUCAACACAUUCUUGAUCCUUGCAGACAAAAAUAAUUAAAUCAUUUAGCACUCCGUACCUAAACAGUUUGUCAUUACUCAAGUUGGUCUGAGUCGUGAACGACCAGUGGGCCUGUUACUUGUUCUAAAAAUGCGAUGUUCUUUCAUUAUCUUAGGCAGUGCCCAUGGAUGCAUCAUACAUCUGGAAAGAGGCCUUCACAAUUUUAUACUAUUGGUCGCCUUACUCUAAACAAAGUACUAGUGGUACUUUGACAAGAAUUUCUGUUACUUAUGCGGUCGACAAUGCUUGAUAUCUAUUACUUUGGUUUCAUUCAGAUCAUAUACAACAUUGUAGAGCAUCAUCCCAGAGACGUUGGCCCAGGAUUUGAUGGAACUUCGCCUGUUUUUGGGGAUGAAUCUUUGCCUCGUCUAUUCGAAACUUCUCGGGAAUCUUCAGAUCAGCUACCUACGCAAACCGGUAAGCACAGCACUGCGUUGCUAUUUUCCUGUGGAUUUGCCUACUCUCUUUGAUGUCGCAAAUCGUAUGCCAUUUUUUCACCAGGAAUUGAGAAGCGGGCUGUGGCUCUCGGGCGGUACCUUCAAAACCCUUUGGCGAUGGUCGCCACGCUGUGUGGGCCGGGGAAAGAGAUUUUGUCUUGGAAGCUCUGUCCUCUGGAGUACUUCCUUACCCCUGACGAGAAGUACGAGAUGGUGGAGCAGAUAAUGGUCGACGUGACCAACCAGGUCGGCGUGGACAUCAAUCUGGCUGCUAGUCACGAGUGGCUCUUUGCCCCUCUGCAGUUCGUCUCAGGGCUCGGCCCCAGGAAGGCAUCUGCUCUCCAGAAGGCCUUGGCCCGGGCCGGAUCUGUUUUCAGUCGGAAGGAGAUCACCAUGGGAGUGCUGAGGAAGAAGGUCUUCAUUAACUGCGUCGGUUUCCUUCGUGUUCGCCGGAGCGGGGCGGCGGCCGCCAGCGUCAGCCACAUCAUAGACCUGUUGGACGACACGAGAAUCCACCCGGAGUCGUACGAUCUGGCGAAGAACAUGGCCAAGGUCGUCUAUGCUCACGACACGGACGAGGACAUGAACGACAUGGACGACGACGCGCAGGAGAUGGCCAUUGAGCAUGUGAGGGAGAAGCCCCAGGUCCUUAGUACCCUCCACAUCGGCAAGUACGCAGAGGACGUCGAGAAGCGGCUUGGGACCCGGAAGAGGGAGACCCUCCUCGACAUCAAGAUGGAGCUCCUGCAUGGAUUCAAGGAUUGGCGCAACCCCUUCACCGAGCCCAAUCAGGAUGAGGAGUUUUAUCUCAUCUCCGGCGAGACGGACGAGACCCUCUCGGUCGGGAAGAUCGUGCAGGUGACCGUCCGGUGGGUGCAGGAUCAGCGCAUCGUCUGCACCUUCGACUCCGGCUUGAAAGGGGUGAUAUCCAUCAACGAUGAGUUCUCCGACAACCGUGACGACAUCAAUAACGUCCAGGACAGGGUUCAUGAAGGAGACGUACUCACCUGCAAGAUAAAGGCUAUCCACAAGCACAGGUGCCAGGUUUAUCUGACGUGCAGGGAGAGCGACUUGAAGCGGCAGCUGCACAGCUUCCCUCGGGACGAGUACUACAUUGAGAGCGAGAUCAGCAACCUGGGUGAGCAGGGAAAGGCCCAGAAAGAGAGGGAAAUCGCCCGGAAGCGCUUCAGGCCGAGGAUGAUCGUUCAUCCCCGGUUUCAGAACAUCACGUCCGACGAAGCGGUGGAGGUGGGUUGUUUCCGUCCCUUGGAAAGUUUUGAUCUUGACAUGGGUUUUUGUCUGAAUUCAUCGUGAUCAGUGUUGCUAAUUUAAGUAAAGUUCUUGUCUUGAUUUUUUUUCUUAUAUUUUUUAUGUGGGCAGUUCCUCUCGGACAAAGAUCCUGGGGAGAGCAUAGUCCGGCCGAGUUCGAGGGGACCGUCCUAUCUGAUCCUGACGAUAAAAGUCUGCGACGGUGUGUAUUCUCACAAGGAGAUCACUGAGGGCGACAAGGAUCACAAGGACAUCACCAGUUUGCUUCGUCUCGGGAAGAAGCUGACCAUCGGGGACGACACCUUCGAGGAUCUCGAUGAGGUUCGUUGCAUCUGGUCUCUUCCUCCGGGAGGUCAACUCAGCCCAACCGCAGACUCGUUUUGACCCAGGAGAUUCAAACCCUUGACUUUCUCCGUCCACUGUGUGGAUCAUCUUCAUCAUCAUGUUCCACGGAUCGCUGACUUUCUUCGUUCAUCGAAUGUCUGCAGGUGAUGGAUCGGUACGUUGACCCUUUGGUGACACACAUGAGGAGCAUGCUGUCGUACCGGAAGUUCAGGAGGGGGACCAAGGCGGAGGUGGACGACCUGCUGAGGGCGGAGAAGGCGGAGAACCCGAUGAGGAUAGUCUACGGCUUCGGCAUCUCUUACGAGCACCCGGGGAGCUUCAUCUUGACCUACAUCCGGAGCUCGAAUCCCCACCACGAGUACAUCGGCGUCUACCCCAAGGGCUUCCGCUUCCGCAAAAGGGACUUUGACGACAUCGACCGCCUCGUCUCCUACUUCCAGAGGCACAUCGACGAGGCUAUCCACGACUCCGCCCCUUCCAUCCGCUCCCUCGCCGCCGUCGUCCCCAUGAGAAGCCCCGCCGUCGGUGGCGGCGCCGCCACCGAGAGGGAGAGGUCCCGAGCUGGUACGCGGCUGCUCGUCUGUCUCCGAGCUAAUUCUUUCUCUGUAUAUUUUUAACGAGCUGACAUUUGUGCUCUUAUCUGUUUUUUUUCUCGUUCGGUGGUCCAGGUGGAAGAUAUGAUCACCGGAGCGGCGGCAGCGGUGGCUCUCGGGAUGGGCAUCCGAGCGGGCUGCCAAAGGCGUACGACCGUGGCGGAGGAAAUGGGAGGAGGGAAGGCCAGCAGGACUCCUCCCGAUGGGCGUCGUCGGGCUCACGGGACAACAACGGCUCUGGCUGGGGAAGUGCCGGCAGGGGGAGUUCUGGAGGUUGGUCCGGCGGCGGUGGCAGCGGCGGAGGUAAUGGUGAUGCCGGCGGUUGGGGCGGCGGUGGCUCUAGAGGAGCUACGGAUGGGGUGGAGACGGACGCCGGCAAUGCCCGGAGCUCUGGGUGGAGCAGCUCGUCGGAGAAACUGGUCUCUGCCCAUGCGGGAGCUGGGCCUGGCUGGACCAGCGCCAGCGGUGGCGCUGCCGGCGAAGGUGGUGGCGGCGGUGGUUGGUGA